AUAGCACAAUAAUGGCUCUUAUAGAUACUCACAGCAAUAUUGCACUUCUCUGCUUUAGCUGCUCAUGGCUUCUUCUCUUGAUCAUGAAUGGCCAAGUCAUCCAUGCCAGAGACAUGAAGGUACUGCAAAAGCCUGCAGAAGAGAGAGCUUCACAAAUAUCCACUACCACACACAGCUUCAACCAACCAUUCCUUGAUGGCUGGUACAAAAACAAUCCAGAUGAAGGAAGAAACAUCAAAAAUACCAAUCAAAUUUAUCUUGAUGGCAGGUUCAAAAACGCCCCAGAAGAAGGAAAAAACGUCAAAAAAAUCAACCAACCUUAUCUUGAUGGCUGGUUCAAAAACACCCCAGAAGAAGGAAAAAACAUCAAAAAUACCCAAGAAGGAGAAAACACCAAAAACACCUAUCAACCUUACCUUGAUGGCUGGUUCAAAAACACUAAAGAAGAAGGAAAAAACAUCAAAAACACUGAUCAACUUUACCUCGAUGGCUGGUUCAAAAACACCCAAGAAAGAAAAAACAUCGAAAACACCAAUCAACCUUACCUUGGCGGUUGGCUCAAAAACAUCCAUGAACGAAAAUCUACUGAAAGCGCCAAUCAACCCUCCCUUGAUGGUUGGUACAAGAACAAUGAAGGAAAACCAGUCAAAAACAUCAUUCAAGCUUACCUUGACGGCUGGUACAAAAACGCUCAAGAAGAAGGGAAAACCGCUGAAAACUCUGAUCAACCUUACCUUGAUGGAUGGUACGAAAACAACCAAGAGAAGGAAGAGUCAAAAGAUACUGAUUUGAAUAAUUCAAAAGGAGAACCAUCUUCCAAAGUGGACCAUACAAUGGCCUUCAAGGCGUUAUUUUUCACCCUGGAUGAUCUUUAUGUAGGGAAUGUGAUGACACUGCAAUUUCCUGUACGAGAAUAUGCUCAUUUCCUUCCAAGAAAAGCAGCUGACACCAUCCCUUUCUCAACUUCAGAACUUCCUAGCCUUCUUCAACUCUUCUUAUUGUCCAGAGAUUCUCCAAUGGGAGAAGAUAUGAGAGACAUACUUCAACAAUGUGAGUUUCCACCCUCGAAAGGUGAGACCAAGGCUUGUCCUACUUCUCUUGAGUCCAUGCUUGAAUUUGUUCGAAGCAUUCUAGGUACAGAUGUCAACUACCAUGUUCUCACAACCAGCUAUCCUACAGCAUCAAGUGCUCGUCUACAAAACUACACUGUUUUAAAAGUGUCAAAAGAUAUCUAUGCUCCAAAAUGGGCUGCUUGUCAUCCUCGGCCUUACCCUUAUGCAGUUUAUUACUGUCACUAUUUAGACAUUGGAAGUAAGGUGUUCAGGGUCCUACUAGAUGGUCAACACGGAGAGAGAAUGGAUGCUCUGGGCAUUUGCCACCUGGAUACCUCGGACAUGGACCCUAAUCACAUUCUAUUCAAGCAGCUUGGAAUGAAGCCAGGAGACGGUCCAUUGUGCCAUUUCUUCCCUAUCUUACAUCUUCUGUGGGCUCCACUGCCUCCAAAGUACACCAUGUAAGAACAGAGGAAAGGGAGCUUUGUUUGUUACAAAUAUGUGUCUCUGUUAGCUCUCAGACAGUGUUUCUGUGUCUUCAGUGUUCGAAUUUUGGAUCAGUGAAAUGUGUGUAUGAAUCAUGGGCUCCCGAAAAGUAGUCUCUCAGUGUUAUUCAUGUGCAGCUGGGUGUUUCUGAUGUUUUAUUCUGUCUUCAAUGUACAAAGGUUUGAACAGUGUAACGUUUAUGUGAAUAACGUGGUCCCAAAAGUGGUAUCUCUGCUAUUCAUUAGCAGCUGGGUGUUCCUCAAUGAUGACAAGAAUAAAUAUCUGGACUUGUUGCA